UUCCGUGGACUGAAAUCCCUCACAACGGCAACAAAAAACGCAAACGUAGCCAUGAAGAGGAUUAUUGUUCGAACUUUAGAGAACACACUUCUCCCAGUGGAUCCACUAAACCAUUUGAGGCUUCGAAGAAUUCCCAUAUGAUGAAAUUGAAUCAAGAGUUCAUAGAAAAUGAAGGUCCACUAUUUCGAUAUGUCUGCCAACGAUUCGAUGAUUUGGCGAAAAAGGUGGAUUCUGUAAAGCGCAGUAUUUUAAACGAUAUAGACCAAAAAAUUAAAACCGUCAACACAAAUAUUGCUGCAAUGACAGGAGCACAAGUUCCUGUAGAUUUGGAAAAAAUCCGGAAGACGCUUGACACUGUUCUACCACUAACUCAACUCAAUGAUUUUCUGGCUUUCGAUGCAGAAUUAAGUCUCAGUGAAGAUAAAAGAACAGCUUUGAUUGGUCUUUUCGAAUAUUUGACCGCAAAUUGUUCAUCUCUUGCAUCAUGUAUGUGCAAACUUUUUCCUGCUAUCUUCACUAAAGUUGUCCAGAGCGAGUGCUCUGGCCAAGGAACCAAAAAACGUGGUAUACCCUCCAAGCGGAGCUUCAAGGAUACAGCCACCUAUGCAUGCUUCGAAGUGGUAAUGAGAAACAAGUUCCACGACACAAAUAAACUAAUUACGAAGGUAGGAAAUUGGUUGGCGAGGUGGAGCCAUCGUGAGGGUCGCCGGAAAAAUCGCCCAAAUCCAAUGGCUGAUCCCCGUGCUUCAUAA